AUGGAAACAGUUUCAAGUGUGUGCGAAUUUAAUGAAUUAGAUUCCAGCGAGAAUACGAAGCUGGAGGAGUUGGAUGAGGGAAUAAACGACUUCAACCUCAACGACUUUUACAAGUGUGUAAAGCUAAACCAACUCAAGAAAAACAGAAGCGAAGCUUCGCUCUUAAACGAUAAUGCAUCAGGUAUUACUGAAAAGAGUAAAUGCGAUGUCGAAGACUCACUUAACGGAAAAUGCGGUAUCACAGAUGAAAUGUCAAAGAACAUGCUAUCUUACAAGCGCAGCAGACUUUUAAGUAAAAUCGGUGGAUAUAAGGCAGUCUACCCUGACAAAAUGGGUAUUGUAGAAUACCUUCUUCAUUCCUAUGUAAUUCUUUUCUGUCCAAAUCCCGUCACUCUGUACAGCUAUGAAGCGGUUUUCAAGAACAUGAGUCCAGAUUCUGAUGAAUUUUGGAACACUUUGAGAACUCUUACUAGUGUUCAGUUGGACGUUGACAACUACCCGAACCAGUUACCAGCACACAUUUCGCUCCUGUUGGAAGAGUCUAAUGGCUCACAUCAGUUCCAAACCAUAAACAACUCAGAUGCGAAGAAACUUGACGCUCACUUCACAUGGCUUUGCAGGUGCUGCAUAAACGUAACUGGUAGCAAAAGUGAUGACUAUAAUGAGGAUUCUCCUGUAGACUCUAUUGAUAAGAGAUAUUCGGAUGAGUUUGUGAGUAGGGGGACCAGGAAAAAAUCUCCGGGAAGUCAACUCACUCUCAAUAACGUGCUAAAUGACAACUACGACUUAUCUUCUGACGUACUUUACGAAGCAAUAAGGCAGAGGGGAAACAGGUACCUUCAAAGGAGUCUUUACAGCAAUGUUAAAAACAUUGCCGGUUUAACCUCGAGAGGAAUCAACCCCAAUGUGGCUGCCAAGAUAACUGAGUCCAAUGGUCGCAUGAAGAGGUUUAUGGACAUCAUUCAUGAGUCUUCCAUUGAUUCUUCAGACCCUUCUCUGUACAACAAUUAUUACGAUUUAUUUGGCGAUGAGAGGCGACACUCCUCAAGAAGAUCAAUUAUGAUGAGAAAGAAAUACUCAUGA